UGGGUACUCCCCCUCUUCCCAACCCCUCCCUCCACUUCUAGAGAGAGAGAGAUGGCUCAGGUUGUGUCUGUAGGCCUUCCUCUCUUCCUCAUCUUCAGCAUCUCUUCUGGACUGCUAUGAAGUAAUACACCUAGAACAACUCCUCUUCUUCUCAGAAGAAGAUGGCUAAUCAACAACAAACUCCUUCAUUGCGCUUAGAUGACCUGUAUUGUGAAGAAGAGCAUUGGGAAGAUGUGAGAGAGGACUCCUUUGAGGAAGAAGAAGAGAGCUGUUACAGUGACUGUAUAAGUCCCAAAAUUCUGUUGCUACAAGAACAUGACCUCUUGUGGGAAGAGGAAGAGUUAUCCUCUUUGUUCUCAAAAGAACAACAAAACCAUGUGUACAGUAACUUUGAAGCCAACCCAUCUUUGUCCGAGGCCCGCCGGGAGGCGGUGGAGUGGAUGCUUAAAGUGGUUUCCCAUUACUCAUUCUCUGCUCUCACUGCUGUUCUUGCAGUGGACUACCUCGAUAGAUUCCUUUUCACCUUCCAGUUUCAGGGAGAGAAGCCAUGGAUGAUAGAGCUUACUGCUGUGGCCUGUCUCUCUCUUGCUGCCAAAGUUGAAGGGACCCAAGUUUCCUUUCUAUUGGACCUCCAAGUGGAGGAGACUAACUAUAUGUUCGAGGCAAAAACGAUUCAGAGAAUGGAAAUAUUGGUACUAUCCUCUCUCCAAUGGAAGAUGAACCCUGUGACCCCACUUGCAUUUAUUGAUUUUAUUACAAGGAGGCUAGGCUUAAAGAACCACAUAUGUUGGGAAUUUCUUAAGAGAUGCGAGUGUCUACUACUCUCUAUCAUUACAGAUUGUAGAUUCAUGUGUUAUCUUCCUUCUGUCAUGGCCACCGCUACAAUGCUCUAUGUCAUCAAUAGUGUAGAGCCCUGUAUUGGAAUAGAGUACCAAGACCAACUACUGGGCAUUCUUGGCAUUGACAAGGUCAAAGUAGAUGAUUGCCUUAAGCUAAUCCAGGAGUUGGCCUUGAGAACCCACUUUUUCUCAUCAAACAAACGCAAGUUUGGAUCAUUGCCUGGUAGUCCAAAAGGGGUCAUGGAUAUGUCUUUCAGCUCCGAUAGUUCGAAUGAUUCAUGGGCAGUGGCAGCAGCAUCGGUUUCGUCGUCCCCAGAGCCUUUAUCCAAGAAGAGUAGGGUUCUUGAUGAACAUCAUCAUGAAACUGCUGAUAUUCUCAGCAUCCCUCCCUAAACCUUCAAUUAUCCCUGUCCUUUCAUUAUGAACUACUCUUAUAUAUGUUUAAUAAACAGUAAAAGUUCUUUUUAUUUUCUUGUUUAAUAGCUUAUUAUCU